AUGUCGACUGUGUCAUAUGCGCAGAAUGUCCUGGGGGCAAUUGGCAAUACACCUUGUGUUGAGCUCAAACAUGUGGUUCCAAAAAAUUGUGCCCGUGUCUUCAUCAAGCUCGAAGGCUUGAACCCGACCGGUUCCUACAAAGACCGCAUGGCGUGUUCUGUCAUCGAAGAAGCAGAGCGACGUGGCGAUCUGAAGCCGGGAAUGACGGUCGUCGAAGCAACUGGUGGCAGCACUGGAUCAUCUCUUGCUUUAGUCUGCGCCGUCAAAGGAUACUCCUUUACAGUGGUAUCGUCAGAUGCUUUCGCGGAGGAAAAGUUGAAGACAAUGGCUGCAUUUGGAGCAAACGUCGAAGUCCUCCACAGGCCGACGGGAAAGAUUACACCGCAGCUCAUUCCUGAAAUGCGUGAGAGGGCUAAGGAGCUUUCUCGGGCCAGUGAUCACUACUAUGCAGAUCAAUUCAGCAACCAUGAUGUUGUCGUCGGCUACCAAGGUCUCGGCCGUGAACUACUGAAGCAGAUACCCGAUGGCAUUGAUGCUUUUUGCGGUGCUGUUGGUUGCGCGGGGAUGGUCAUGGGGGUCUCUAAGAUCUUGAAGUCUCAUAACCCGAGCUGCCAAGUCACUGUUAUCGAGCCAGCCUCUGCCCCUGUUAUCACCAAAGGGCAUGGAGGUCAACACUCCGUCGAGGGUAUUGGCAUUGGCUUUCUGCCCCCAAUGCUGAACAAAGAACUCUACGAUAAUGCCCUUGCGGUCGAAGAAGCCGAAGGUCGCUCUAUGGCACGAAGAUUGGCUAAGGAGGAGGGUAUUCUUGCGGGAACGUCUACUGGCCUGAAUGUGGUUGCUGCAAUUGAGCUAGCAAAAGAACUUGGCCCUGGAAAGAAUUUGGUCACAGUUGCCUGUGAUACUGGCUUGAAAUACGUGCGAGGAGACUUGUUUGCUCAAUGA